AUGGAGGACACAUCAAGCCAGAAGUCCGGACAGAGCAAAGACAUGCUGGGCUCCCUAAUGCCAGAAGAGACUCCUGCCAGUUUUGUAUGUGUCAAAUUGGAGGAGUAUGAGCCUGCAGACUUCAGCACCAAGGAACUCAUCCUACAGAAAGCCAGAGAGAUCUGCACAUGCAAUCAUCAAACCAUCACCACCUUCUUCUGUCAGCUGUUCCCAGUGCUGGACUGGCUUCCCCGUUACAACGUCAAGACACAGUUGCUUGGGGAUGUCAUAUCUGGGCUCCUGGUGGGGAUAGUUGCCAUCCCUCAGUCCAUCUCCUACUCCCUCUUAGCCAACCAGGAGCCCAUCUACGGAAUCUACACCAACUUCUUCUCCAAUAUCAUCUAUGUCGCUAUGGCCACUUCACGCCAUAACUUCAUGGGCUCCUUCGGCGUCCUGUGCCUGAUGGUUGGGCAGUCUGUGAACCGGCAUCUCCAGCUCGCAGGGUACAGCGACGGCAGUGCUGGCUCUUGGCUGGUGGGCAACGCCACCUCCUCCACUAACGUGACGGGUACCUGUGACAGGAGCUGCUACGCCAUCACUGUGGCCCUUUCCUUAAGCUUUCUGGUCGGUCUUUACCAGAUCCUGCUGGGGGUUUUACAGCUGGGCUUUGUGGCUGUCUACCUCUCAGAACCUCUCCUCAGUGGCUUCGUGACCGGCUCCAGCCUCACCAUUAUCACCUCCCAGAUGAAAUACCUUCUUGGACUGAAAAUCCCUCGUCACGAAGGGGUGGGGUCCUUCAUCCUGACGUGGGUUGACCUUUUCAGGUACAUCCAGAAUACCAACAUCUGUGACCUGGUCACCAGCCUGGUUGCUUUGGCCAUCAUAGUGCCCGUCAAAGAGAUCAAUGGCCGGUAUAAGGAGAAGAUGAAGGCCCCGUUCCCCGUGGAGCUGCUGGUGGUCAUUGUAGCCACGGUAGUAUCUUACUGCUUUAACUUCGAAGUGCGAUACAAGUCUGCUGUUUGUGGGCAUAUCCCCACUGGUUUCAGGAAACCCACUCUACCAGAUAUAACCCUGUUUUCCAGCCUGGCAGUUGAUGCUCUGCCCAUUGCUGUUAUUGGCUUUGCCAUGACUGUCUCCCUGGCAGAAAUCUUUGGCAAAAAGCAUGGCUACGCCGUUCGUGCCAACCAAGAGAUGAUUGCCAUCGGCAUGUGCAACCUGAUCCCUUCUUUCUUCUACUGCUUUGCCAGCUCUGCGGCCCUGACCAAGACUCUGCUGAAGGAAUCCACGGGGACCCAGACCCAGGUCUCUGGCCUGGUCACCUCCCUGGUGCUGCUGCUAGUGCUGCUGUGGAUCGCCCCGCUCUUCUACUCGCUGCAGACCUCCAUCCUGGGGGUGGUCACCAUUGUCAACCUGCGAGGGGGUCUGAAGAAGUUCCAUGACAUCCCCCACAUGUGGCAGCUUAGCAAGCUGGACACGAUGGUGUGGUGGACAACCAUGCUGUCCUCCACGCUGAUCACCACGGAGAUCGGUCUCCUCGUGGGUGUCUGCUUCGCUCUGCUCUGCUUCAUCUUCCGCACGCAGAGACCCAGGGCCACGCUCCUGGGCAAGGUCAGCAACACAGAAAUCUAUGAGGACCAGUCAACUUACAAGCAGCUCAGCAGUGUUGCCAACAUCAAAAUCUUCCGCUUCGAGUCAUGCCUUUACUAUGCCAACAAAGACUAUUUCAAGACUGUUCUUUACCAGAAAACUGGAGUAAAUCCUGUCCUGCUGGCAGCUGAGCAUCAGAAGACCAAGAAAAAGGCUGUGAAGUCCCCAGCAGAUGCCUGUCCUCCCUCUCCAGAUAUGCACACCUUAAUCCUUGACUGUGGGGCAAUGCAGUUCAUAGAUACUGUGGGUCUCUCUGUGCUAAAGGAGAUACAUCAUGACUAUAAGGAGAUUGGCAUCCAGGUGCUCCUGGCCAACUGCAACCCUUCCAUCCGCCACCGGCUCCGGGAGGGAGGCUGGGCUGGCGAGACAGCCAGUGGGGGUCAGCUGGCUUUCCACAGCAUCCACGACGCAGUGCAGUUUGCUGAAUGGUGGUACCAUGUGCAGCAGGAGGAGAGCAAGGAGAAAAAUGAUGCUCUCCGGGACCCUGAAGAGAUGAACUUCGAGGCGUCUUUGUAG